GCCAAGUGCUACAGUUUCAGUUGUUCACACAACCUCUCUGAGGGUCUGUUGCCAUUUACUUGCUCUAACUUCCGUAUUUUACAUCUAUGAAGAAAGAGGAUUUUGCUUCUUACGUCUUCAAACAUCGAAAAAUGAGUAUACUGUAUUUCUGGACCUAAAACCAAUAGAGAGGAAAAGACCCAAUCUAUCCAUGGCAUUUUGAGCAAAUUGUGGAAUAUACCAUGCCUUCUUAGAAAAGGUGAUUUAUUCCUCACACACAACCAAUAAGUUGUAAAACUGCAUCCCAUUGCUAAGGAAAAUGAACGCAGUCAAGUGUGUUCUUGUUGGAGAUACCGCUGUAGGAAAGACUUCUCUUCUUGUGCGCUUUACAUCUGAGGCCUUUCCAGAUUCGUAUAGACCAACAGUAUAUGAAAAUACAGGAGUUGAAGUGUUUAUGGAUGGUAUACAGAUCAGUCUUGGACUCUGGGACACUUCGGGUAAUGAGGCUUUCAGAAACAUACGGCCUAUUUCUUUUCAGCAUGCAGAUAUUGUAUUAAUAUGUUUUUCUGUAGCCAACCCUGCCUCAUUUUUGAAUGUGAGGAACAAGUGGAUUGGUGAAGUUAGGCAACAUCUUCCUCAUAUUCCAGUCCUAGUAGUCGCAACCCAGACUGACCAGAGGGAAAAUGAGCACAUGCGGAUGCCAUGCAUCAACUCAUUGGAUGGGAAACAGCUGGCACAAGAUGUAAGAGCUAAAGGCUAUUUAGAGUGUUCAUCUCUAAAUAAUAGGGGAGUGCAGCAAGUGUUUGAGUGUGCCGUGAGGACAGCGCUUAACCAGGCCAAAAAAAGAGCCAGAAGAAAGCGUUUCUUUGUAAAUGAGUGCAAAAUCAUUUGAACUGUAUUGACUGAUGGAAUAUAUUUCCUCUGCAGGAAAAAGAGGGCACUAUAAACUGAAUUAAACAUCAUACAAUAAAGUUUGAAAUGAUUUUCAAAAAGACUGUGCAUUCCAAAACUGAGAACAUUUUUAAACCUUUUUUUUUUCAAAUUUAAAAUGGUAAGAACGUCAUUCUGUAUUUUGUGGACAGCAUAAUAGAAUAUGAUGUAGCCUCCAAGCUCAUGCAUAAUGACUGAAAAAGUACAUCCUGUUUAACAAAGUAGAGAAUGGAGAGGAAAAGAAAAACCAUAGAUAAUUUUGGACACUAUUAUUUUCAAGGAUUUCAUUUGCAAAAAAACAAACGUAAUUUAUAAAGAAGUGUAUAUAUGUUUCUACUCAUAAUUUCUUUCUAUACUCUAAAGCAGUGUUUCUCAACCACAGUCCUGAAGUUCCCCUAUCAGGCCAGAUUUUCAUGAUAUCUUAACUAGAGCGCAGGUGAAAUAAUCAGCUAAUCAGUAACCAUGGUUACUAACCUGCUCUCACCCAUCAGCUGAUUAUGUCACCUGUGCUAGAGCCCAGAUAUCAUGAAAAUCUGCCCUGUUAGGGGUAGUUAAAGACUGGAGUUGAGAAACACUGCUCUAAAGGGAUCAACAAAAAAUGAAGACAGUAUAGAAGUAUAGGUACCCUCACAUUUAAUACAAAGAGUAGCC